AUGGCAAAUUCAGUGGAACAAUUGUUAAAUGUAUUAGAAGAUACGGCUAUGUUAUUAGCAAAAACCCAAUUAAAUCUCAAGAAAUGUCCGAAACAACGCUUAACAAAGGGAUACAUCGAAGCUCGUAUUAAGAACAUUGAAGAAUAUUGGUCUACGUAUAAAAGCGCACAUGUGGAACUAGUGAAAUGUGUUCCUAAACCAAAACGACAGGACAUUCCAUACUUUGUUAAUGAAGAAUACUUUGUGCAGGAAGACUUAUAUACAUGUUUACUAGCCGAUCUGAAUGACUUAUUGAGUGGUUUAUCAAACACCACGUCGUUGCCCGUUUCUAUGCAAGCUGCCCGUAACAACAGUGUUUCUAUGGAUAUACAAGUCAAAUUACCGAGAAUUCAACUACCAACUUUCUCAGGUAUUUACGAUGAGUGGCCCGCUUAUCAGGAUCUUUAUACAUCAUUAGUUCAUGACAAUCCAACAUUGAGUAAAGUACAAAAGUUACAUUAUUUGAAAAGUAGUCUAACGGGAGAAGCCCUGUCGCUAUUGAAGCACGUGCAAGUUACCGAGGAUAACUACAACGACGCAUUUGCUAUGCUAAAGGCACGUUUUGGUAACAAACGCAUUAUUGCCAACUCAAUAUUGAAACGAUUGUUUACACAAAAGAAGAUAACCUCGCAAACGGCUAGUAACAUCAAAGCGAUAUUGGAUACCACGACUGAAUGUCUGAACGCACUGACAAACCUAAAACUGUCAACCAGCUCACUGGAUCCACUCGCACACUCUCUCAUUGUAUUUUUAGUCGUUCAUAAAUUGGAUCCAGAGACGCAUCGUGAAUGGGAAGAAGUUGCGUAUGAUGCCACUAACGACGAGUUACCUAAAUGGGACGCAUUGAGCAAGUUUCUACAGUCAAAGUUCCGCACGCUCGAGCUUAUUACAUCUGCAAGUAGAGAAAAGCCUUCAUCUAGAGGAAAAGAAUACGCUGUGCACGUGUCUACGUCAAGUACAUCAAAACCGAGAUGCUGCGUUAUGUGUGAAAAGGAUCACACGUUAUGCCAUUGUGAGGAGUUCAUAAAACUGAGUCCAGCAGAGAGAUGUGAGUACCUAAAACAAAACAAACUAUGCUACAAUUGUCUGGCCCCAGGACAUUCCGCAUACAAAUGUCGCCUGCGGAUGUUCUGCCGAAAAUGUCACAAACGUCAUCACACGCUCACGCAUCAAUCAAUACCAAUGACGUCACCAAAUCAACCAGACAACAUGAAUCAACAAGACAAGUUUGAAACCCAUCAAGAUUCUGCAAAACCAAAUGAAACCAACGUUACCAUUUCAUCGCAUGUCGCUGCUAAUUUGUCUACUGCAUUGCUGGCCACAGCUCUUGUACCAGUACGAAAACCUGAGACGGGACAAGUGACAGUGCUUCGUGCUUUGAUUGACCACGGCUCCCAAGCAACGUUCAUGAGCGAAAGAGCGGCCCAGCUGUUAAGAGUGAGAAGAACGCCUAUCAACGGCACCAUCACUGGCGUCGGCUCAACCAAAACAAAUGUCAAACAUGCUGCAGAAAUCGAACUACUAUCCAGACACGACGCUUGUUUCAACCUCAAAGUAAAAACAUACAUUAUGUCGACGAGACUCACUACUGAAUUGCCGUCACAAACCAUCUCCAUCAACACCUGGCCGCAUCUGCAGGGACUUGCACUCGCCGAUCCAAGUUUCAAUAAAUCAGGGCGAGUAGAUUUAUUACUGGGUGUUGACGUAUGUGCCCAAAUCAUGAAGGGUGAAGUUAUCAAGGGCCCCCCAGGAACACCAUGUGCUCAAAACACUACUCUGGGUUGGAUCCUAUUUGGGAACGUAGAGUACAACCUACCAGAAAGAGAGAUUAUCGUUAUGCACCUCAACAUUGAUCUAAAUGAUAUGCUGAAACGAAUGUGGGAACAAGACCCAUAUGACCAAAGACAACCCACUGCUGAGGAACGAAGGUGCGAAGAGAUCUAUGCGAUCACAACCACGAGAAAUAAAGACGGAAGGUACAUAGUAACCUUACCAAAGAAAUCCAACGUGCUAUUAUCUAAAGAUGGAAAUACAAGAGCAAUAGCCUUAAAGAGAUUAUACCAAUUAGAACAAAGAUUCAAGAAUAACCCAAAACUUAAAAGUGACUAUGUUACAGUCAUGAAAGAAUACCAAGCAAAUUACAUGGAAACAGUACCAGAAGAAGAAAUCACCAAUCCGUCGGUAUACUUACCUCAUCACGCCGUGAUUAAAGAAGGAAGGGAGACAACCAAAUUAAGAACUGUUUUUAACGCAUCUCAAAAAGGAACAAAUAAUACAUCCCUCAAUGACGAACUGAUGGUUGGACCACAGUUACAAGAUGACAUGAGAAGUCUGAUCAUGCGAUGGCGCAUGAAGAAGGUUUGUUUCGUAGCUGAUAUACAAAAAAUGUACCUGCAGAUCCUUGUCAAGAAAGAAGACCGAGAUCUGCAACGAAUUCUGUGGAGGAACGAUGAUCAAGAACCUGUCAGGGAUUACCGUCUUACCAGAGUCACCUUUGGAACUGCUUCUGCUCCAUACCUGGCAGUAAAGACUUUGCAUCAAAUAGCCAAAGAUGAAGGACAGAAGUACCCUGAAGCUUCGGAAAUAAUAAGACGCGACUAUUACAUGGAUGACAUGAUGUCAGGAAAAGACAAUGUACAAGACGCAUUGAAGGUGGCCAAGGAAAUAGACACCAUACUCAAGAAAGGCGGGUUCCAAUUAAAAAAAUGGUGUUCGAAUGAUAUUAAUUUUCUUAAAGAGUUCGAAGAAUCCGAAAGAAGCUCUCAUGUGAAGCUAGACUUAAGCUUAGAUGGUAUAACACGAGCUCUGGGAUUACAAUGGAACAUGGGUAAUGACCGUUUUCAGUACAGCCUCAACUUACCUGGUACGUCAAACAUUACUACAAAGAGAACAAUUCUAGCCGAGCUACAAAGAUUAUUUGAUCCACUAGGCUGGCUGGCUCCAUCUAUUUUGCCAGCAAAACUCCUAAUUCAAAGAUUAUGGCUUCAAGGAAUAUCAUGGGAUGAAGAAGUAGAGGAAACCAUAGCCACGGAAUGGAAUAAUUUACGAGAAUCAUUUCGUCUAUACUUACCUUGUAUCGAGAUAGAUAGAUGGCUACACACUACUGAAACUAACAACAAUAACAUCAGUAUUCACGGCUUCUGUGAUGCGUCCACGAAAGCUUAUGCUGCAGUAGCCUAUCUAAGAGUACGGACACCCACGGGUAGCGUAAAGACCUCAAUAAUCGCUGCUAAAACCAAAGUAGCACCGACUAAAUCACAAUCCUUACCUCGUCUAGAACUGAGUGGUGCUGUACUGCUUGCCGGACUCUUAAAGCGCAUAAAGGAAGCUAUGAAUAUACCAACCUGUCAGAUAUUCGCUUGGACCGACUCCACUAUUGUACUUUCCUGGAUAUUCGGUGACCCUGCUAGAUGGAAUACGUAUGUUAGAAACAGAGUAAUUGAAAUACUAGACAACAUCGGAAAUCACAAUUGGUAUCACGUCAAAUCAUCAGAAAAUCCAGCUGAUGCCGCUUCUCGAGGAACAUCUCUGUCAGAUCUAAAGAGUGACGAACUAUGGUGGAGAGGCCCAGUCUGGCUAAGAGAAGGGGAAAUACAAUACAGCAGACCAAAUAUGAUGAUGACAGACCUGGAAAAAAGGGAAAUAAUAUUAGUAAACCUAACUUUGGACACUGGAAAAAGUACAAUUAGAAAAUUUGAAGAUUGUGAUACAUUACAAGAGCUACUCACGGUAGUAGUGUACUGCAAAAGAUUCUUAAAAGGAAGGAAAUUAGAAAUCAAAGACUUACCUUUAAACACGGAAGAACUAGAUGAUGCGUUGAAAACUUGUUUAAGAAUAGCACAGAAGAAUGACUUUGAAGACGAAAUACAAAAUCUGAAAUCAAAAACACAAAUUAAAGGAAAAAGUAAAUUAACCAAUUUAAAUCCUUACCUUGAUGAUGUUGGCCUCCUCAGGGUGGGCGGAAGACUGCGUCACUCUGAUCUAAGUGAAGAUAGUAAACAUCCGAUUAUUCUUGAUCGCCAUAAUGGUCUUACCAAUCUCCUCGUCACCGAUGCUCACCGUCAAACGCUGCACGGCGGAGUGCAAAUAAUGCUCUGCUUCUUAAGAACUAAAUACUGGAUUCUGAAAGCAAAGACAUUAGUUAAAGCAAAGAUCAGAAAAUGUCUAAUUUGUGCUAAACUGAACGCUACAGCAAAGUCACAGCAAAUGGGAGAUUUACCUAGAGUUCGGGUAACACCGGCGAAGCCUUUCUGGAAUACCGGCGUUGACUUUGCAGGCCCAUAUCCAGUCUUGAUGUCGAGAGGCAGGGGAGCAAAAACACACAAGGCGUACAUCGCUGUCUUUGUCUGUAUGUCGACAAAGGCGAUUCAUCUCGAAUUGGUGGGAGAUCUCACAUCAGAUACCUUCAUCGCAGCUUUCCGAAGAUUUGUAGCAAGACGGGGAAGAUGCGCUCAGAUAUGGAGCGACCAAGGCCGCAAUUUCGUCGGAGCAAACAGGCAGCUGGUCGCAGAUUGGACUGAAGCCAAGUUACAAUUCGAAGGUUCAAUCGCUGAGACGCUAGCUAAAGAUGGCACAAAGUGGCACUUUAUCCCAGCCUAUAGUCCUCACAUGGGCGGACUAUGGGAGGCUGGUGUGAAAGCGAUGAAACAUCAUCUAAAACGAAUCAUGACCCACAAUAUGACCUACGAAGAGAUGAGCACGUUGUUGUGUCAGAUUGAGGCGUGUCUCAACUCACGACCGUUAACUAUGAUAGAUGAUACAGACAAGGAUCGCCUGCAACCACUAACACCUGGUCACUUCCUUGUCGGUGAAACACCAAUAACUGUACCGACACCAAACCUCCGAGAUGUCCCGAUGAGUCAUUUAUCAAGAUGGCAGCAUCAACAAAGAUUAUUAACUGACUUCUGGCACAGAUGGCAACAAGAAUAUCUGACAACAUUGCAACAACGUUCCAAAUGGCACCAUAAAGUCAAGGAGCUGGACUUAGGACACAUUGUUCUAAUAAGGUCAGAUAAUCUACCUCCGGGUAAAUGGAUGAUGGGCCGUAUUGUUGAGAAACACCCGGGUGCUGACGGUGUCACUCGGGUAUACUCAGUAAAAAGUGGUGAUAGUGUAGUGCAGAGGUCAUUUAAUAAGUUGUGUUACUUACCAAUAGACACGGAAUGUUGA